GGAAACAUCGGAAUGGAGGAGCCGGAAAAUGAAACCUCCACGGAGGGCCUUUUUUUGGAAGCAAACGUCGAAAUUACAAGUGCAAGUGAAAGUGAGGAUGUUGUUUUAAUGCAAUACGGUGAAGGAUUCGAUGACCCGUUAGAUUUGGAUGUCAGUGCUUCGAAAUAUUCACCACAGUUCUUGGACGAGGAAUAUCUUCAAAAUGAUGAUUCCUGGAGCGCCAAUAACAGCAAUGAAAGUGUCGGUAUGCAAUCUGCAGGUUCUUCAGCAGGACGAAAGAGAUGUCAAUCCGAGCCUUCCGAUGGAACUGCUGGGUCUCCGACGAAGAAACCCAAUGAGCCAUACAAGUUCCACUUCAAAGCGGCCGUGUUUGAAAAACGUUUCAAGAACCAAAAAUCGCUAGAUCCGUGUGGGUCGCUAUCGGUAGGAGGCAACAGUGUUGAAAAUGUUGUAAAACAAGUCUGGGAUUUUUGCUCCAAGUUCAUCCACCGAGCAGCCAUAUUCAACGACUCAAUUCACGAAACUCUGGAUGAUUAGGAAAAUCGAGGCCCGGCUGCAAUAGUAUCAUGGAAUGAAGAAGCUCCGUGUUUCGAGAACCGUGACAACUUUAUUGUAUUCCAGGACAAGUCCAGUAAACGCAACUAUCUUCCUACAAAGAUUGACCAAUCGAUGCUGCGAAACUGGGUAUCGAAAGACAUCUCAAUAAUUGUUUACCGAUUUUCCGAUUCUGUGACUAACCUUCGCAGAAUGAAUUUAUUGGAACAACAUUU